AUGAACGCCAUCGCUGAAAGUGCGCACCGCAGGCACCGGCGCCGGCGUGUGGGGUUCGCGCCCGGCUGGCUCUUCCUGUUCCUGCCGCGCCCUCUUCCCGGGCAGGCCGGGGGGCGGGGACCGAGUCGAGCCCCGGCCAGCGCGCUGCUGUGGCCGGCGGGUGGCCGGCGGGACAUGACGGCCGAGGGCGCGGGCGCAGAGCCCGGCGAGGCACGGCUGCCCUCCCGGGUGGCCCAGCUGCUGUCGGCGCUCUUCUACGGGACCUGCUCCUUCCUCAUCGUGCUGGUUAACAAGGCGCUGCUGACCACCUACGGUUUCCCAUCACCGAUUGUUCUUGGAGUCGGACAGAUGGCAGUCACCAUCAUGAUACUGUAUGUGUCCAAGCUAAAUAAAAUCAUCCACUUCCCCGAUUUUGAUAAGAAAAUUCCCAUCAAGCUGUUUCCUCUGCCCCUCCUCUACGUUGGGAACCACAUCAGCGGAUUGUCCAGCACAGGGAAAUUAAGCCUGCCGAUGUUCACCGUGCUCAGGAAGUUCACCAUCCCACUCACCCUACUCCUGGAGACCAUGAUCCUCGGGAAGCAGUAUUCACUGAACAUCAUCACCAGUGUCUUUGCCAUCAUCCUCGGGGCCUUCAUAGCAGCUGGCUCCGACCUUGCCUUUAACUUGGAAGGGUACCUGUGCGUGUUCCUGAAUGACCUCUUCACCGCGGCAAAUGGGGUUUACACCAAACAGAAGUUGGACCCGAAGGAGCUGGGGAAAUACGGGGUGCUUUUCUACAAUGCCUGCUUUAUGAUCGUCCCGACGCUCCUCAUCAGCGCCUCCACCGGAGACCUGCGGCAGGCUACUGAAUUCAACCAAUGGAAGAAUGUUCUAUUUAUCAUGCAGUUUCUUCUGUCUUGCUUUUUGGGGUUCCUGCUGAUGUACUCCACGGUUCUGUGUAGCUAUUACAACUCCGCCCUGACCACGGCCGUGGUAGGAGCCAUCAAGAACGUAUCCAUUGCCUACAUUGGAAUGCUUCUUGGUGGAGACUACAUCUUCUCCAUGUUAAACUUCAUCGGGUUAAAUAUUUGCAUGGCAGGGGGCCUGAGGUAUUCCUUCCUCACCCUGCGCAGCCAGUUCAAGCCCCCCGUGGAUGAGGAGAGCAGCCCUCCGGAUGGGAAGAGCUAGCUGCUGUGAGCUUCCGGUGGAAGUGGGACGCCAGAGCCCGGACGAGAACUGGUGCCAAAUGCCAAGAGAGCUACCUCACAGCCCGUUGCCCCCAUGAGCCGUGCUGGGUCCCUGGCUGUGUGUUCGGGCCCAGCCUCAGCAUUCGGGGAAUACAUCUCUUCGCAAUUCACAACUGGAAUUAGCAUAUAUGUGAGGGGUCUUCAACUGUUGUAAUGAUGAAACUGUGUGGCUUCAUUGGAUACCCAAAUGCAAGGAUUCUUUAAAAAGCUUUUAGCCAAAUGGAAUCGAAAGAUGGACUUGUUUUGUAUAAAAAUCUAUUUUUGAGAGCGAGGCAUAAUUUUUUUAGCAGGUUUUUUUUUUUUUUUUGUGAAUCUGUGGAAGACUCUGAAGGCACUUCUUCCAGUUUGUUGCUGAGAGCUUUUCGAAGUCCCGUGGUGGAGCACUGGGUGCUGUGGACGGUCCUGUUGUUCUGUCACCACCCUGCCCUGCCCUGUGCCAGGGAGGGGUCCCUGCUAUGGCCGUCUUAGCACCAUGACCUUCAUUCCAAAGGCUGGAACCCAAGCAAAAUGCCAAAUGGGAACCUUAUUUUCCCCCCCCAGUGUCAGCAGACAUUUCUUGUUUUCAAUAAAAUGACCCAAUCCAUAAACAGGCACCCAAGAAAGGUCUGUGUUAGCUUUGAUGAAAGCUACGCUGGUAUUUCUCCCCUCCCCGAUCAUCAAAAUAAAGAAAGAUUUCUGUGUGA